AUGACCGGCGUUGUACCGCAAACGACUGCUGGAACGUCCUCAAGCAAGGGCAUUUUUCAUAAACACAAUCUCCGUGCCACACUGUUUUGUACUGUAUUUGUCUUUGGAGCGAUUCUCUAUGGGACAUACUUCACUGGAAUUCUAGCGAUGAAUAAAUUCAAGCUUGAUUUUGGGGCCCGUCAACCGGAUGGGUCAUAUACGAUAUCGUCUGCUUAUCAGUCGCUCUUUGCCUCUAUAGUGCAAGUCGGUGAGGUCAUAGGAUCUCUGUCGGCUGGGUUUAUUGGCGAUCGUAAGGGGCGGAAAGGUGCCAUGGUCGCUUGUGUUAUCCUGGUCACUUUCGGUGCCGUUCUACAGCUCAUUCUGACUGGAUCCAUCGCUCUCCUUGUCUUGGGGCGUGCCAUUUUGGGUAUCGGUGUCGGUAUCGUGUCAAAUUGCACGACCCUCUACCUCGCGGAGGUCCCUCCUGCCGCGAUUCGGGGUUUGAUGGUAUCGUCGUGGCAGUUGUUUCUGGCAAUCGGACAGGUCAUCGGAGCUGGUGUCGCACAAGGAACGAAGGAUUAUACGACGUCGUUCUCGUACAGGUUCCCUAUUGCUUUGAAUAUCUUGAUUUGCUUGAUCAUUUGCGGCGGUCUAUUCUUUGUUCCCGAGUCUCCGAGAUGGCUACUCUCUAAAGAUCGCAAGGAGGAUGCGUACAGGGUGUUGUUACGGGUGCACAAGGGCAACGAUGAAAUUGACGUCCGAGCUGAGAUGAAAGUCAUUCUAGACGCUAAGCACGCCGAGGCAGAGACGAGCGGUUCGGUAAGUCGUUGGAGAGAUAUAUUUUCUGGCGUAGAAAAGAGGAAGUUUUUUGGCGCGUUUGGUAUACUCGUGUGUCAGCAGAUUGGCGGUGUUCAGUUUGUAAUUUCCUAUGGGACUGUUUUCUUCGAAUCUAUCGGAAUCACGAACGCGUUCUUGGUCACAAUGAUAACCGAUAUUGUUGAAGUCGUUGGCGUACUCUGCUCCUUCAUGGUCGUUAACCGUAUAGGGAGAAGACCUCUCCUUUUGUCUACCACUGUUCUCAUGGCGGUAGUCCUGCUUAUCUGUGGUGGUCUCGGUACGAUCCCUGCUGAUUCCCGGUCCAAGGCCGUGAAUUCGGCCAUUGCCUCUAUGAUCAUCAUCUACGUCUUCAUCUUCAAUUUGGCAUGGGGACCCCUUGCAUGGGUAGUUGCGACUGAGCUAGCUGCAGGAAAGAACCGUACGAAGAUCAUGGGUAUCUCCACAGCGGCCUUUUGGGUUUCUGCCUGGGCAGUUACAUUCACACUUCCGUAUUUGUAUAAUUCAGAGCCUGGUUCAGCAGGUUUGGGACCGAUGGUUGGAUUUAUCUAUGGUGGUGGUACUAUCAUUGCCUUUAUCUUUGUAUAUUUAUACAUCCCGGAGACUCUCGGCCGGUCGCUGGAGGAGAUCAACAUGAUGAUGGAACUCCGUGUUCCUACGAGAGCUUGGUCUCAGUACCAGGCCGGUGUUUUAGACGAACAUGGACGUCCGGUCCCCUUGGAGCAGUAUAUUGCCGAGGCGAAGGUAGGACGGACUGAAUUUGUAGGGCACACUGACGCCGGUGGUCAACCAUCUAGGGCGUGA